UUUGACGCCGCAGUGACGUGUCAGGCCAGAGAGUGUCAACAGUGCAAGUUGUUUACAAGAAAUAAAUAUUGAUAUUGUUAAAAAAAUGAGGGAAUUUAAAUACGACGUUAUUGAAUUAAUUCAUGCUGUACAAGAACGUCCAUGUCUUUGGGAUAAGACGUCAGAAAUAUAUAAAGAUCGACUAGAAAGAAGAGCAGCAUGGGAACAAGUAUUUACCUUAUUAGAGGAGAAAUACGAGGAAAUGUCGUCACAAGAAAAAAGAUUUACUGGGGAACAUAUUCUGAACAAAUGGACAAAUAUUCGUGAUACUUUCGUUAAGUCAUUGAAAUCGAAAGCUGGCAGACCGCGGAGGAAAUACCUGCUUUACGAUCACCUAAAAUUCCUUAUCAAAGUAACAGCCACCGAAGAAGACUGCACAGAAUACAAUAACGACGAAUCCUAUAUUUAUAUGAAACCUGAAAAACUCAGUCCUCAAGAACCGUCUAAGAAAAGAUCAAAGAAAUCCGAAUACGAGGAACCGAAACAGAAAGAAUACGACAAAAAUGAGAUGGAUUUCGUUGAAGUGGAUGAAUGUAACGAUCCUAGAAUAAUGAACGAGGAUGAAGCGUUCUUCGCGUCACUCCUGCCCUCUGUCGUGAAGUACAAUGAGGACGAAAGACUCGAAUUCCGCAUGGAAGUGUUGGCCAUCAUGAAACGGAUAAAGGACAAACGGAAAUGGACCAAUGACGUGUGACUCAGGUUAUAUAGGGUGUUUGAUAUAUUAAAAACUUAUAUACUAAUGAGCACUUAUUUGUUAGUAGUUGUUACAAGUGGCGUCCUCCGUGCUCCACUAAUUAUAAUAUAUAAUCCUCAGAAUUAUUUUUAUGACUGAUUAUAAUUAAUUAGAAUACUGAACCAUUGUAAUUUUGUAAUGGCAACAUUUAAGUGUCAACCUGUCUGUAUUUAAAAAAAAAACUAUAAGUAUUGGCUUCAGCCAUUUUGUAGGACAUUACUGGAAGUAACGCCGAACAUUGAAAAGCAUAUCUGAAACUGUAUCUUGAACAUGGUAUUUAUUCGUUUCUUAUGUUAUAGGUAAUGCUCCUAAAUAAAAGUACAAAUGACAUUAAAUAUUAUUAUUUAAAAUUUAAAUAAUUCUAAGUCAGUGAGUGAGAUUAUUUGACAACUGCUAUAUAUAUAUAUACAUAACAAAGAUUAUUGAGAAAUAAAAAAACCAGCUUUAAUAGAUAAGUUUUAAUGAUCAUUCUUCUGCAGCACUUUCAAAAAUAAUGUUUACAUAAUCACAAAACACAUCUGGAUUAAUUAAAAAAUAAUGACACCUCUAAAUAUUAAAUGUACAGAUAAUAAAUGUUAACUUUGUUUACCAAAAAUAACAAAACGUCCGCAACGCGCCGGCGAUCGGGUCGUUAGUCGUGAAUAAUAUUGAAGGCGACCGAUCUGCAAUACCGAACAAUAACAACAUACAGAAAUAUAAAAAAAAAACUCGAAGCCUACCACGAGAACGGCAUAUUUUUACAAGAGAAAAAAAAAUAUUUAAAAAAAUUCACACGGAGUUCCACAAUACUUGCACGUCGAGGUGCCUCUGUCGGAUAUGAAAAAUCUCAUUAACCGUAACACCAGGAAGAUCACUAGAUGUAUAACUUUACCUAAUAAUCGCUAUCUUAACUAAUCGAAGUAACAUCCUGAACUAGGCUCUAAAUCGAUUCCGUAUCGAUUACCGGCACACAAACAUUACAUUUCACUAUGUUUACGAGAUAUCGCACGAAAAAAAAUUUUUUUCCUAUUAUUCCCUUCAAUUUAUAUAUACAAACCACCGAGAGCAAUCUCAAGAGCACGACAUAAAUUAUACCAUCAAAAAGGUAGUAUUAUAAUAAUUAAGAGAAUUUAUAUACAAGCGACGUAAUACUGUAUGACUUGAAGCCAAAACACAUCGGAGUGGACCGACCGAUGCUGACCGAUGUCGACCGAUGGUGUGAGUCUACGAAAACUAUGAAAUAACGAUUAAUGACUAGACUGUCCGGUACGGUACGGUACACUCGCGGGGACAAGUGUUAUUUACAUCCUUACUAUUAGUUAAAUUCACACUAAUUUAUCCAAGAACCUACGUAUCCAUAGACAUAUAACACCCUUCGUAAACGUAAAGCGAUACACACGCCAGGCGAAUGGCUCGUGUCAAUAAAUUAAACGGUCAAUUAAAGCUCGUACAGAGACGACGAUUUGUGCAUUUCCCAUGGAAGUUGCUCAAUUAAAUAGAAACUAUUAUAAUACAGUAUAGAAAAUUAUAAUUAUAAAAUAUCUAAACGUACAGCGGCUAUGGAAAUCACCUCGUCAGUCUAGGUUUAUUGAGAAGGGAUAUAAUAUUAUAACUAGUGACACUAACAGACAAAUUCACAUUAGUAUGGCCAUUAAACACUAAGAGGAGAAACUUAAUCUACGCGGAGGUAACCUAACUAAUACAUUUUUAUACAAUCAAUAUAUUAUUAAUACAAUAUGUAUAAGGUUAUAUUACACGCAGUUUAACAAACACAGAAAUGUCCACGGUCGGAGUUAUGUCCAAAGAAAAAUAUAAGUUUUGAACUGAUCGGUGAUAGUAUUAUUUCUUUUACGAUCUUAAAAAUUAACAACACCUUAAAGGAGAAAUCUAAACCGACAAUAAACUUCAACAAAAUUAAUAAAAAAAAAAAA